AUGAGUGGGAAUAUUAUAGACAAGAAGAAAGAAAUCAGAAGUGGGAGCGGUAAAAAUGGAGAGAAUGGCAUUGUUGAAGGUAUUCAUGAUGAUAGAAUUGAUGGUAAUGAAGCUGAUUUAGAGAAAUUUAGUUCUUCAGGCUCAGAAAGUGAAAUGGAAUCAGAUAAUCAAGAUCCUACAUCGAGAGAUCUAGAAUCCAUUGGAAGAUUUACUAAUUUUAAAAUGCCCAAUUUUUGGAAUAAUAUAAAUCUUUAUAAUCCAUAUAAUAAGGAAGAUGCUAAUUCAAAUGUUAACGUCCAAACCAUUUCUAGACGUGAACAAUUAUCAAACUUGAUUGAAGAUUUGAAAAGUGGGUUUUCAUUACAAUCAGCAUUGGAUAGAUUUCAAACCAUAAGAUCUGCAUUAGAAUCCUCAGUUGAUGAAGCUAUUGAUAAUAGUGCAAUUCAUGGUGAUGAAGAUGAAGAAGAAAAUUAUGAACCUCAUGUUAUAACAGCCGCCGUGGAACCUAAAGACAUCCCCAUGUUGGAUCAAGUUAUUAUUCCUGAAGAUAAAGAUCCAAGAAAUCAUUCAUCAUCUCAUUCAAAACAUACACACCGUAAGAAGAAAAAAAAAUCUUUGAAGAAAGUUACAUUAGAAACUAAUUCUGAAGUUGAAGAAUUAACAAAUAUACCACAAGAUCAUGAAUCAAAUGAUGAAAUGUUUUUAAGAAAUAGAAUUAAAAAAAUAAGAAGAUUAGAUAUAAGUGAAUUAGAAAAAAAUAGAUUAACUCAAAAAUUAAUGAUGGGUGCACAUUAUGAUAAAAUUAGAUUUGUUGAUGAUAAUGGUGAUGAAGUUUUACAAAUUACAGCAGAUCAACAAACACAAACUAUAAAUAAUAAAGAACAAGAUAAGGGAAAAGAACAAGAAUCAUCUGAAGAAGGAGAAGAAGGUUAUGAUUAUGAAGAAGAUGAUGAUGACGAUGAAGAUAUUGUAAUUGUUAAUGAAGAAGAUAAAGAACCAACAUAUCAUAAUGAAGAUCAAGAUAUUUUUGGAUGUCCACAUUAUCAAAGGAAUUGUAAAAUGGAAUGUCCACGUUGUAAAAAAUGGUUUGGAUGUCCAAUUUGUCAUGAUGAAUCAAUAUCAGGUCAUAAAUUUAAAAGAGAAAAUACAAGACAUAUAAUGUGUUUAAAAUGUUUUGCAGUUCAAGAACCUAGUGAAUUUUGUGAAGAUUGUGAUAUUCAAUUUGCUUCAUAUUAUUGUUCUAAAUGUAAAUUAUAUGAUAAUGAUGAUUUUAAAGAUAUUUAUCAUUGUGAUGAUUGUGGUAUUUGUCGAUUAGGAUUGGGUUUAGGACAAGAUUUUUUCCAUUGUAAAGGAUGUAAUGCAUGUCUUUCCAUUGAAUUACAAGAUGAUCAUAGAUGUAUCGAGAGAGCAACACAAUCAGAUUGUCCAAUUUGUGGAGAAUAUAUGUUUACAUCAGUUAAACCUGUUGUUUUCAUGUCUUGUGGUCAUGCAAUUCAUCAAUCAUGUUAUGAAGAUCAUUCAAAACAUUCAUAUAAAUGCCCAACAUGUCAAAAAACUGUUUUAAAUAUGGAAGCACAAUUUAGAGUUUUAGAUAUGGAAAUAUCAUUACAACCAUUACCGCAACCUUAUUGUCAAUGGACUUGUGUUAUAUCAUGUAAUGAUUGUAAUGCAAAAUCAUCAUGUGCUUAUCAUGUCUUGGGUUUAAAAUGUGAUAAUUGUAAAAGUUAUAAUACAGUUCAAUUAAAAUUAAUUAAACCUGAAGAAAGUGAUUAUGAUAGUGAUAUUUCUACAACAACUAAUCAAUUAAGAAAUAGAUCAGGUUUUUCAAAUUUAAGAAAUAUACCAAUUAAUAGUUCAAAUUUAUUAAAUACAAAUUAUAAUAUUGAAUUAAAUACAACUUUAUCUUCAGGAGCUGCAGGUGCAGGAAUUUCAAAUGGUCAAGGAAUUGUUAAUCCAAUAAUACCUUCUUCACAAUCAAAUGAAGGCUCUACAAAUCUAAAUUCCGCACAACAAUCAAAUUUAAAUGAAGGUAGAAUUUUAACAUUACCUCAACAACUUUUACAAAAUUUUGAUACAUUUGUUCAAAGUAUUCAAGAUUCAUCAAGUGAAGAUGAUGAAAGUGAUGAACAAGAUUUUCUUCGAGUUAAUAAAUCAUUAAAAAAUAGAUUUAAAAGUGAUGGUAUUUUUAGUGAUUCAAAAGAUAAUACACCUGAACCAGAUCAAAGUAAUGAAGGUGAUAACAAUAUUGAUAAUAAUGAUAAAGAUAUAGAUGAAACUACUGGGCCUGUUCAAAGUUUUACAGGUGCAUUAAGAGAAUUUUUAGCAUCAGGGUCAUUAGUUGGAAUGAUUGAUGAUAUGAAUAAUGAAAGUGAUGAAUUAAUUGAUAGUGAUGAAAAUAUAAAUGGUUUUUAA